GAGGUCGGCUCCUUGCGGGGUCUGUGCGGCCUGUGUGACUAGAAAGAAGAUGGAGCCAAGAGCCGAGCCUGAGGGGCGGCUCUGACCUUUCUGACCGAGGUCCUGCGCCCUUUCGCCGCCAGGAGCCUCCUUCCUCUCCGGACUAGUGCGUUCGAGCUCCCCAGUGGCCUGGGCCCCGAGAGUGGAAAUGGUCGCCGAGGCCCAGGGCGUGGGGCUUCCGCGCGGCCCGUGAAGGGAACUGGGGAACCUCAAGGGACCCCCACAACUCCAGGCGCGAAAACCCCCGCAUGGUGAGGAGCAGGCAAAUGUGCAAUACCAACAUGUCUGUAUCUACUGAUGUAGCCACCUCACAGAUUCCAGCUUCGGAACAAGAGACCCUGGCUAGACCAAAGCCAUUGCUUAUGAAGUUGUUAAAAUCUGUUGGUGCGCAGAAAGACACUUACACCAUGAAAGAGGUUAUAUUUUAUCUUGGCCAGUAUAUUAUGACUAAACGAUUAUAUGAUGAGAAGCAACAACAUAUUGUAUAUUGUUCAAAUGAUCUUCUAGGAGAUUUGUUUGGAGUGCCAAGCUUCUCUGUGAAAGAGCACAGGAAAAUAUAUACAAUGAUCUACAGAAACUUGGUAGUAGUCAAUCAGCAGGAACCAUCAGACUCAGGUACAUCUGUGAGUGAGAACAGAUGUCACCUUGAAGGUGGGGGUGAUCGAAAGGAUCCUGUGCAAGAGCUACAGGAAGAGAAACCGUCAUCUUCAAAUUCGGUUUCUAGACCAUCUACCUCAUCUAGAAGAAGAGCAAUUAGUGAGACAGAAGAAAAUUUAGAUGAAUUGUCCUGUGAACGGCAAAGAAAACGCCACAAGUCUGAUAGUAUUUCCCUUUCCUUUGAUGAAAGGUAUUAUGAGGGUACAAACAUUAAGGUUACACUUUAUGUCUUUGCCUCACCCAAGUGA